GCACUAAAUAAAUGAGAAGUGCAUACAACGCGUGAAUGGCACAUGCUCUGUCUAAAUUGACAAGUGGGCCAAGCAGGGCAGGGGGUCAAGCCAAGACUCAAGCCCCUCACCACAAGACAAACCAAAACCUACGUCAAUGGAUCGCCGCGUUUGAAAUUUCAACUCGCCAACACAACUCGGAAACAUAACAUCUCUCCGUCUCUUAUUUCAGCUAAACAUACAAUAAAUAUUUUUCUCAGUUUGUGUGUCUUCGGUGAAAAUUUAUACGUUCUGUAUAUAUAUUCUUCUUCUUUGAUUAUCUCAACUUAGAUAACAGGCAGCUGAUACAAAACGAAAAAAGGUGUUGAAACAGAGUAUAAUAUUAUCGCAAACUACUUCUGUGAAUGGAUGAACGGUGGAGCUUUGGCAGUCGGUGGAGCUUCAACAUGGCAGCGUUCAUGGUGGUUUUAUUUCUGUUUCUUCAGAAUCUGAGUCCUUGUUCGGCUCUCAAUAGCGAAGGAUUGGCACUGUUGAGGUUUCGGGAGAGAGUGUUGAGAGAUCCUUUUGGGGCGUUAUCGAAGUGGAAUGAUAGUGAGACAGAUAUUGAUCCUUGUUCAUGGUUCGGUGUUGAGUGCUCACAUGGAAAAGUAGUCAUCUUGAAUUUGAGAGAUCUUUGCCUCGGAGGAACACUGGCUCCGGACCUUGGAAAACUCCCGAAAUUAAAAUCCAUUAUUCUUCGCAACAAUUCAUUUUUUGGGAACAUUCCUAAAGAGAUCGGAGAACUGAAAGAGUUGGAAGUGUUGGAUUUGGGAUAUAAUAACUUUAGUGGGUCGUUUCCUUCUGAUUUUGGCAAUAAUCUGUCUGUAACUACCCUUUUACUGGACAAUAACCUGUAUCUUGGUGGCAUGUCUCCUGAACUAUAUGAGCUUAAGACACCUUCUGAGUUUCAGAUGCAAGAGAACCAGCUAACCAGUGCUGCUUUAAGAGCACCUUGUGACAGAAGAUUAUUAUUUUCAUGGAAAACUAUCCGAUCUAGAGAUAUCGCUUACAGGAGAAUGCUAACUUCUGCAAAGAUCAGAAGGAUGGGUCGAGCUCUCAUUUCUGCUCCAGGAUCAGUACGACCUUCAAAGUUUCCAUCACCGUCUGCUUCACAUAUGGUUGCACCACUUCCUGCAAAUUCACCAACUGUUGCUCCCACACCACCUCCAUUGCAUGCAUCUCCAAUGCCUUCUCCUGCUUUACCUUCAAGCGAAACCGCGGGGGCCCAUUCCAAGUCAGAGCAUCAUAUGGUUCUAGUUUUAGCUGGAAUUAUCGGAGGUUCAUUCUUGGCUCUGAUUUUUGCUAUUGGCAUUGUCUGCUUCAGAAGCAGUAAGGUGGCUACUGUCAAACCUUGGGUAACAGGGUUAAGUGGGCAGCUUCAGAAAGCAUUUGUAACUGGUGUACCUAAACUCAAGCGAGCAGAACUUGAAGUAGCAUGUGAAGACUUCAGUAACAUAAUUGGCUCUUAUUCAGAUGGUACUAUAUAUAAGGGAACUUUAUCAAGUGGGGUUGAAAUAGCUGUAACAUCUACUUCUAUCAAAUCUCAUGCCGAUUGGUCAAACACUUUAGAAUCACAAUUCAGAGAGAAGAUUGACACAUUAUCAAAGGUAAAUCACAAAAAUUUUGUGAACCUCAUUGGGUUCUGUGUAGAAGAUAAACCUUUCACAAGAAUGAUGGUUUUUGAGUAUGCGCCAAAUGGAACACUCUUUGAGCAUCUUCACACACAAGAAGCAGAGCAUCUGGACUGGGGAAUGAGGCUACGCAUAGCUAUGGGCGUGGCCUACUGCCUUGAGCAUAUGCAUCAAUUGACACCUCCUGUUGCUCAUAGAAAACUGCAAUCUUCUUCCAUAUACCUGACUGAAGAUUAUGCUGCCAAAGUAUCAGACUCGAGUUUCUGGAAUGACAAAACUGCAGCAAAGAAUGAAUCAGCUUCAACGGAACCCUUAGAAACCUUAGAAAAUUAUCUGGGAAGCAAUGUCUACAACUUUGGUGUUAUUUUGUUUGAAAUGAUAACCGGUAGGAUCCCAUAUACAGUGGACAACAGCCCUUUCGAGGACUGGGCAUCAGCGUAUCUGAGAAUGGAACAACCAUUAAAACAAAUGGUGGAUCCAACUCUAAAAUCUUUUCAGGAGAAUGAGCUAGAAAAAUUGCUUGAAGUUAUCAAGGACUGUGUCCACCCUGAUCCUGGACAGAGACCACCAAUGAGAGAAAUCGCAGCUAAGUUAAAAGAAAUAACAGCAAUGGGACCCGAUGGAGCAAUACCAAAAUUAUCUCCUCUCUGGUGGGCGGAACUUGAAAUUAUGCCCACUGAAGUAAGUUCAUAAAAUGGAAUUUAGCCUUGCAUACUUUUAAAAUGAUCUUGACCUUUUCUUUUCCCUGUUUCUGUUGUUAACCCCAGAAAGGCUGAUAUGUAGAGUAGAUGUUACUCUGUCUUAUAUAAGUUGAGGAAAUACUUUUGUAAAUAAAUGGGACAGACAUGCUGGUUUUUGUUUGCUUUCUCUCUUGUCAUCUGAAUAUGAUUGUAUAAAUUUCUGCAUAUAGUUUAUAAUUAUAACAUCAAUAAAUUGAGCUUA